AUGGAAGAUUGUGUGCUUUUCAUUGCUUCUUCCAAUAAAUUCUCUGGGAAUAUUCCGGUUUCCAUAGGCAAUCUUAAUUCUCUGAGAUACUUGAAUUUGUCCCGUAAUACUCUCACGGAACAGAUUCCUGUGUCUCUUGGGAAUAUAAGUAUUCUUGAGUCAUUGGAUUUGUCAUGGAACAGAUUUAGUGGAAAAAUUCCAAGUUAUCUUAUAAGAUUGACAUUUCUUUCGAAAUUAAACCUAUCAAUGAAUAAUCUUGUGGGGCCGAUACCAAAAUCUAAGCAAUUUCCUACGUUUGAAAAUGAGUCAUAUAUAGGAAACUUGGGAUUGUGUGGAGUUCCAUUGGCAAAACAGUGUGAAAAAACUGAUGGUAAACCAAUGUUUCCUCCAGAAGAAGAUGAUGAAGAGUCAGGAUUUAUAGAUGGAUUUGGUUGGCAAAGUGUGGUGAUGGGAUAUGGAUGCGGAUUUGUAGUUGGAAUUGGUUACAUGGUUAUAAGAAGCGGAAGGCCAAGAUGGUUAGUGGAAUUCUUUUUUGGUGUUGGAUAUAAUAAUAGUAAGAUGAAGAAAAGAAACAGAGCAAAAGCAACAACAAGGAGAAGGUGA